AUGACUUCUUCUCGUGCAUGUUUUUAUGCCUUACCCCAAGAAUUGAUCGCAGAAAUACUCAAAAGAUUACCCAUAAAAUCUCUGCUAAGAUUCAAAUCAAUAAGCAAAGAUUGGAAUUCUCUAAUCAGGGAUCCUAUCUUCACCAAAUCCCAACUACAACAUCAGCUUCCAACACCUUAUCUGUCACAACCUAAUCUCGUCAUUGGACCACAUACUAGUAUAUCCACCUUUAUUCUUAAUGAUAGAAGUACUAGGAACUUCAAAGGCAAAUUUGUACCAGUAUCUCCUAAGUUCAUUGAAACAAACUUUAUUGAAGGUACAGAAUUUGAUAUUCUUGGAUCUUGUAAUGGGAUUAUACUAUGCAUCUAUGUUCGUAACACCUGUGAAAACUUGUAUGUUUGGAAUCCCACCAUUAACGAAUCUAGGGAAAUCCCAUUACCUUACUCAAGCUUUUCUUCUAGGAAUCUUUUGUUAUCUGGGUUAGGCUAUGCUUCAGCAAUCAACGACUACAAAAUCGUAUUGGUAGUUAAGAUCAAAUCAAGUUCAACAACAAACAUAUGCGUACAUGUAUACUCAUUGCGGCACAAUAAGUGGAAUAUACCGUCCGAAAUUCACUUGUAUGCUAAACGUAAGGUUAUGGAGGCAGUUUUAUAUAAUGAUGCAUUAUAUUGGCUUCAGAAUUCUAUUAAAAAUGUAAUGCUUCUUAAAUUUGAUAUGGUCAAUGAUACUUUUGAGAGGGUGAUUGAUCUAAAAUCUUUUCAGAACAUGGAAGCUUGUCAUGGUUCCGGUCUAAAUGAUAUCAAAAACAUGCCAAAUAAUGUGAAUCUGCGCAUGCGGGAGUUUUAUGUUCAAAACUCUUGUUUGAUGAAGAAGCUUUUUGUAGCGCAAAUAGUUCGUGGCAAUGGUAAAAAUAUGUUGAUUCCGCAGUUGCUUGUGACAGUGGGAUUUUUGCCUAUGUUCUAUUCACGUCAAAAUUUUGGUGGUUUUGAGAAAGAUGAUAAUAUUAUUGAUGUUUGCCGUCUGGUGAAAUAUGUUCAAACUCUAAUAUCUCCUAAUUUGUUUUGA